GCCCUGUUUGAAGCCAUCUCGCGGGGUGACUCGUUUCCACUUUUUCUUCACCUCCGCAUAAUCGAACGCAUAGUAGGUAGAAGCGAAAAAAAGAAAAAAAAAAAGAAAGUAAGCAGAUCAAGCAACACGCAUGUAUGAAGUGCCCUCCCGCCUGCACAUCCGCCCAACUGCCGAUUAACCAUUUAGCGGAAAUGAACUCAGGAGGGAAGGGAAGUCAACCCGCUGCGUGAGUUCUGACCAGGGAGGGGGCCCAGCAUCCACCGCCAAGAAAGGGAAAAAGCAAACAGAGCAAAGCAGAGCAAAAGAGAGCAACACAGAGCAGAACCCACGAAGCACGAAAACGGGCAACAAAUCCUGUGGCAGAGAAAAACCGAGCAACGUGAAAGCAUACGCCCCGAGUGAACCUCCCCCCCCCGUUUAUAAGAUACACGUUAAGAUGAUUAAAGCCAUUUUGUAUGUCCUCCUAACAUUCGCUUUCUCUCUGAUUAGCCGCACCUACUCGAAGCACACCCCGCAGAAGGACUGCCCCCCCCCGGUGGGCAGCAGACACUUGCGUCAGAUCAAACCGCACAUGAACAUUUUAACAAAAAUUAAAAACUACACCGUUAAGGCGAUCUACAAAACGAAGCUGCUCACAUACGUAAACGACAUAAACAACCUGAACCUGCGGAACGAGAAAAACGAAUUUUAUUUAAUCGCCCUCCCCCUCAGCGAUAAGUUCAACCCCUUCGUCGGUACCUUUUGCCACAACAACAUCCAGUACAGCGACAAGGCGUCCCUCCCGGUGUUCAUAUACGACAUUCUCCUGAACAAACACAUCGAAGUGCCCUGGAACUUCGUCAUUGAAAAAGUUGACAUUAAGAAAACCCCCUUUUACCAAAAUGUGCGAAUGUCCAAUACGAAUGCUUUUUCCACCUACCCAAAUGUUAACAAAUUAGACAGAGUAUUUAUCAACGUACUAGAUUUCAAGGCCAAAAAAAACUUCAUUUUUUUGCCCGCGUGGAUCAUGCAAUCAUUGCAGCUUGACUGCUUCGACGUCGUGCGGAUCCGAUUCGUCAAACUGGAGACUGCGUCCAGCGUGGUCUUACAACCCCACCAUAAGAAUUUUUUCAAUUUAAGCGAACCAAAGAAAACGCUGGAGGAGAAGCUGCGGUACUACUCCUGCCUGACCAAAAACGGCACCAUCUGCAUAAACCACGACGGCUCGGACUACCACUUUGACGUCAUCAGGAUGGACGCAGGAAAAAAAAAAGACGUCGAAGUAGCCUCCAUCCAAGAUGCCGAUGUAAUCUUCGACUUCGUGAAGGAAAAAUACGACAAGUGA